AUUGAUUUGUAAUUCGAAGCUGAUUGCGACAAACAAGUUCAUCCCUCAGUUUGACUUUAUUAAGCUGCUGUGACUAUUCCCUGAUACAUAAUGUUGACUGUAAAUGAAUGAAGCUAAUAGUCAGUUCAAAAUUAAUGCUACUUGAAGUCAACACUGGCAGAUGGAUUUAAACGACAACUCCCACCAACUCUCCUGAGGCCUGACUUUGUCUGCGCACUUUGCUAAUUGAGCUGGCAUCAGUUAGCCUCGUGUAACAGCCACAUUAGCUUUUUAGCCUUUUAGCUCAGGAGUAACUCGUCAACAAACUUGUCUGCGGUGCAGGUGUACAGCAGAAGAACUGAGGUGAGUGGUGAAAAACUUUCUUUAAAGUUAGUAAAAGCGCCACUGUACCUGGAGCUGCCAUCACAACACUUCGCGGCUAUCGGAUACCUAAUGUUAGCAGGAAAACAACGUGACCGGAAGUGUUCUUCUUAAGUUUACCCGAGGCACUUGACAGCUCGCAGCAGAGGGAUCGAACUAUGGACGAGUAUCAGGCAGAAGAGGAGACCGCGUUCGUCGUUGAAGAAGUGAGCAAAGUUAUCAAGGAGUCAGUGGAAGCAGCCAUAGGAGCAAAUGCCUACCAGCAGAGCAGAGUGAACCAGUGGACCACCAGUGUGGUGGAGCAGUGCGUCAGUCAACUCAAGAAGCUGGGAAAGCCUUUCAAGUACAUUGUGACCUGUAUCAUCAUGCAGAAAAAUGGAGCGGGUCUGCAAACAGCCAGUGCCUGCUUCUGGGACAACUCUACUGACGGAAGCUGUGCAGUGAGAUGGGAGAACAAGUCCAUGUACUGUAUCGUCAGUGUUUUUGGCCUGGCCAUCUGAAUGGACUAAUGUCAAUAAGUAUUUAAAGUGUGUAGGAUUUGAUGUAUUUCUGAAAACCUGAAACUGAACAAACUGUUUUGUUGUUUUUAUACCAAAUGCAUAAAAAAUAACCAUGCUGUC